GAGGUGGCAGUUACAUACUAUGCUUUCUCAGCUCGUUUUCGUUUUCAUCUCUUCCACCUUUUGCCGUCUGGCGUCUUCGCAGUCUGCUGGAAAGUGGAAACUAAUAACUCUAGUUUAGUUUGCGACUCUACGAAUACUCUUGAACAGAUCAGCAUGGAAGAAAUAUUGAAGAAGCUAUUGAGUUCCGCUAACAUUCAGAAGUUCGGCAAAGGUGGCGGAGGAUGCAUCAACCACGGACAGGGAUAUCUGACUGACAGUGGAUCUGUCUUCGUCAAGGAAAACUCUAAACCCGGGGCUCGAUUGAUGUUCGAAGGAGAAUUCGAGGGGCUGAAAGCGCUAAAUGCUACGGGAUGUAUUCGUGUGCCCAAGCCGAUUAAAGUGAUUGAUCUUCCAGGUGGAGGAGCUGCCUGUGUGAUGGAAUACAUUGAGAUGCGGGGACUGGGCGCUCAGGCUGCGGAAUUGGGCCAACAACUGGCCAGGUUGCACUUGCAUAAUGCCUCGUUGAAAACCGACGGCAAUUCGGAAUCUGGUGAGCUGGUUACCAAGUUUGGCUUCCAUGUCAGCACUUGCUGCGGGUACAUUCCCCAGGACAACACGUGGCACGAUGACUGGCCCACUUUCUACUCGAAUUGUCGUCUGUGUCCUCAAAUUGAAAUGGCGGUGAAGGAACAUAGAGAUACUGCUUUAAAGGAGAAAUGGAGCAAAUUGGAACCGAGGAUUCCCGGAUUCUUCGGAGGCAUCGACAUCUUUCCCAGCUUACUGCAUGGCGAUUUGUGGUCAGGAAACGCAGCAUCAGCUGAGGGCACCGGAGAGCCGGUUAUCUUUGAUCCGGCAGUGGUGUACGGACAUCACGAGUUUGAUUUGGCCAUCGCCACGAUGUUCGGCGGAUUCGGGAAGGCAUUCUUUAAUUCUUAUCAUAAAGUUAUACCGAAAUCGCCCGGGUUUGAGCGUCGCCAGCAACUUUACCGUUUGUUUCACUACUUAAACCACUAUAACCAUUUUGGAUCUGGAUACCGUGGUUCGUGUCUGGAAAUACUGGAUGAACUGAAUGCUGCCGACGCAUGAAUCUUUUGUCCUCUUGCAGAGUAUUUUAUGAAUAAUUGUAAAUAUGAUGAUGCCGUUUUUUUAAUACUCGUACCAAGGUAUAUAGGGUUUAACCCUAUAUACCUUGCUCGUACUUAUCGUGCAAAUGUAAAAAAACGUUUUGCAACCUUUUUGCGUUGGAUUAAACUAUAAAAUUAACAAUAUCACCCUGACCACUUGUGCUUAUGCAUUUACUGAUGCGUAAUUCAUCAGAAAUUGAUAAUUCUUGUAAAUGCAAUAAAGUGCACC